AAUUACACGUCAUUACACAAUCUUGCCGUUGUGAAUACACUGCAGGUAUUGCCCUUCUAUGAUCUUGAUGACAGGGAAUUAAGCUUUGUGAUUGGUAAUUGGACUGGACAAUUUGAUGAAUUAAUGACACCUGACCUCUAUAACCUUCUAUCUAAUCCAGAUAAAAUGGUGAAGCUGACCCUGAUUCAAUGUUUAUCAAUCCACAGUCUGAGUACUAUAGUGUAUCAAACCUAAGUAAUAUAUUCAAUAGUACCAAGGGUAAAGGUAUUUCCCUUGUCCACUGCAAUAUAAGAAGUUUAACGAAAACUCUGACCCCAUUAAAUGACACGUUAUAUUCCUUGGACUCAAGACUGGACAUUAUAGCUGUAACAGAAACUAGGCUGAGUUCCAAUUCUAUCUAUAAUCUUGAUGUACCUAAUUAUAAUUUUUUCAUACUGAUUCACCCACACGUGCAGGAGGUGCAGCUAUUUAUGUUGACAAAGUUCUCAAAGCCAUCCCAAGACCUGAUUUGAAAAUAGAUCUACCAUUAGUUGAGUCCUGUUGGGUUGAAAUUGACCCCAACAACAACAGAAAGCACAUCAUGAUUGGGUGUAUCUACAAACACCCUACUGCAAAUGUGGUAGAAUUUACACUUAAAUGUCAUGAAUUCUUACACAAACUUAUCCAAACAAAUAUGAUAUGUAUAUAAUGGGUGAUAUGAAUAUUGACCUAAUUGCAUUGUUUACUGUUUAUUGUUUUGUUUGCCAAAAAUUAAACAAAUCAAAUAAAAUCUAAUUACCUUAACUCUCAUGGCGAGGAAGCCCAAGAGAAGCCACCGGGCUUAUAAGGAAUGGGCUCCCUCAGUUAGAUAAUUAGAACAAAAUAUUAAUUUGGUAUUGAUUUAUCCGGGGGACAGUGCUAUCGACCUGUUCAUACUACACUCUCUUCUGUUUUUUUAACAAACACUCAACACAUAAUAGAGAAUUUUAUAUACUUUAAUAAAAAAAUUAACGAAAAAAUUCAUCAGGUCAAAAUACUCAAAUAACAAACUUUUUUGACCUUAUUUAACGGAAGAAAAAGAUAGAUGCCUUUACAAUUAAUUUACCACGUGAAACAUGUCCAAGCCAAUCACUGAAGACCUUUCAAAUGGUGCAGGUUGCAACAAUAAACCAGGCCUGUUCAAUCUUUGCUAUCCUGUAGAAACGCUGAUGAAGACAAUCAUAAGAAAGUGAUAUUAUCACCUGGCAUAAAGCUUAAGCCACUUCAAUACAAAGUUCAACUAAGGGAUUGCAGGGAACAUCGCAAUGCCGAUCUUUAUUCUGAACUUCAGCAAGUGGAUUGUGAUUUUGUCCUCCAAGCCAACAAUGUCGAGGAUGCUGUGACAAGUCUAGAGACGAAAAUUCUGGGCUAACGAAUGCUUAUAUGCCUUUGAGAAUUAUGAGGGGUUAUCAGGGUCAAAAUUCACUUUUCCUGUCUUCAUAUUCUGUUUUACCAUUCCUUCACUUUAUUAUGCUAGAGUUAUGUGCUGUUUUAUAUUUCGAUUGAGCACAGUCUGUUGUGCUCUUUUGUUAUUUUGUUGUUUUACUAUGAUGUUUUGUCCUUCUGCUUUAACAUUUUAAUCCAUCUGUUAUGUGACCUAAUGUGCUGUUAUGCGAUUAUGUUGUGUAAUUUUGUUGUUUUGUCAUCUGUUUUAUCAUUCUGUUGUUGUGUUAUUUGGGCCUAAUGUAACGUUAUAUGAUUCUGUUCUGCUGUUGUGCUAUUUUGUUGUUUUGUCAUUCUGUUUUAACGUUCUAUCGUUCCGUUAUUGUUCUGUUCUGUCAUUCCGGCCAUUCUCUCGUUUUUUUUGUUUCAAUUUUUCAUUUUCUUAUACCAUCUUGCCUGUUUCUUUUGUCACUCUAUGGUUCUGUCAUGCUUUUCUGCUUUGCUGUUUUACCCUUCUGUCUCUGAGUUUGCUGAUGACAUUUGCACGCAACCCUUCCUAAACACGCAAAAAGUAAGAACUAGUUACCAGACUCAUCAAACCUUUUCUUUAAUGCACUUGCAUCUUGGGAUAGGCGUUUGACGUGCCAGCAGGUAAAAAUGGGUGACUUCACUGGUAACAUGGCCAGCACAAAUGUUUCUCGCAAUCCUGAUACUCUAUUAUGCACUGCAGACCUUUUGAAUCGACCAGGAGAACUUCUAAAUGGAAGAAGUAAUGUACAGCAGCAAGAAAGAACGGUAUUGGAACUAGAAGAAACAGUAUCUGAGAGAAGCACUAAGGGAGAGGACCAUUGGAGGACCUGA